GCAUUAUCCAAAAAUCAACCAAAAAGUGACUGCAACCCAACCCUCGUUAUCAUCUUCUUCCUAUCCGCCCGCUGCGCCAGAGCUGGGCGGUCCUCGAUGGCCGCCGCGACCUCCGCGAUACGCCUGCCGCUCCCGUCCUCCCACCCGGUCCACCCCCGGUUGUUUUCGGCUCACUCCACGAACCGGGUUCUCGUGGGAGUUCCCCGACCCGGCGUCCGUCUGAGCUCCCAGGCACGGCCGCCAACGGUGCGGGCCGCCGUCGCCGCCACUCCUCCACCACCUCAGACGACGUCGUCGACGGGCAUCGUUCUCGUGGACCGGUCGGAGGCCGAGAAGGUGAACCGGCUUAAGUCCGCCUAUCUCGAGAAGGUCGUCCCCCGCCUCAAAGAGGAGUUCAACUACAAGAACACCCACGAGGUUCCGAAGAUAGAGAAGAUAGUGGUGAAUUGUGGGAUGGGAGAUGCCGAGCAGAACUCCAAGGGUUUGGAGGCAACGAUGAAGGAUUUGGCGCUGAUAACGGGGCAGAGACCAGUGAAGACGAGGGCGAAGAAGUCCAUUGCUUCUUUCAAGCUCCGAGAGGGUGCUACUGUUGGUAUUGCGGUCACCCUUCGUGGUAAUGUAAUGUAUUCCUUUCUGGAUCGGCUCAUAAACCUGGGGCUCCCUAGGACCAGGGAUUUCCAAGGUGCCAACCCUAACAGUUUUGAUGGGCACGGGAAUUUUAGCAUCGGCUUGCGGGAUCAGAGUGUGUUUCCUGAGAUCAGGUAUGAAGCCCUUGGUAGGCAGAGGGGAAUGGACGUCUGCAUAACAACCACAGCAAAAACAGAUAAUGAGGGUCACAGAUUGCUUGCUCUCCUAGGCAUGCCAUUUAAAGAGGGUGGUGGCCCAACAGUGGUAAUUCGUAAGAAGAAGAGAAAGGCUCACCAUUUUGAAUCCAAGACUGGACGAAGAAGGUAAUAAGCAAAAGGGCACCCCAGUGGUUCCUUUUGCGCGUUUGCUCAAGAUGGGAGCUGAUCUGUUUGCUUCUUGGACGGUUAAAACAGUGAAUUUGUGUUGUAAAAUCAGAGGAAUUUUCAUGUAGAUAUUAAAUUUCUGUGCAAAACCUAUCUGUGUGCCUCUAUUUUAGGUUUGUCGUCGGAGUGGGGAGUUAAUCCAUUAGCUCUAUACAUAUUUUGCGUCUUUGGAGAACCAGAAAUUCAAUUGCUUGUUUUCUCCACUGUAAACAUUGUGAGAUUGUCUACCCAAAAAAAAAAAAA